AUCUUCAAUUAUCAAAAGUAUUUAGAUUUAAGGGCAUAUUUGAACACUUUUCUUUUGGACAUUAUGCAAUUCGUCCAAAUCUCCAACGAUGCAUUUCUAAUUGCGCUUGCAAACAAAAAACCCGAUGUUUGUAGUUGUCGCGCUAAUUAAAUCUACUGACGAUGGGUGCAGCGACGCGACGCCACACAAAUUAUUCAAAUGCAUUAAUUAGUUCCAAUUAUCGAAAGAACAAAUAUUGACGUGCAAACAUGGGUCGCACAAUAAAAGGCUCACCCCGACCAUCAGGACAAUCAUACUGAAUCAGAGAAUGUCCCACAACAUCAGCCAGUUGACUCAGAAGAACGCCUCCAGAGUUCCUGGCGCUCUGAGCGAGAAGGUCUUCAAGAGGGAUCGCAAGUACGGUGCCCACAACUACAAUUCCAUACCGGUCGCGUUGACCAGAGGAAAAGGUGUGUUCGUUUGGGAUGUCGAAGGAAAUCAAUUCUACGACUUCCUGAGCGCCUACUCCGCCGUGAAUCAGGGCCACUGUCAUCCCAGGAUCGUGGAGGCGCUCAAGAAACAAGCGGAAAUAUUGACGCUCACCUCCAGGGCCUUCUUCAACGACGUCCUCGGCGAAUUCGCAGAGUACGCGACCAAGUUGUUCGGGUACGAGAAGAUCUUGCCGAUCAACAGCGGCGUAGAGGCCGGCGAAACGGCGAUAAAGAUCGCUAGGAAAUGGGGCUACACCAAGAAGAAGAUACCCGACAAUCAGGCGAAGAUCGUCUUCGCGGAAGGCAACUAUUGGGGAAGAACGACGACGGCGAUUUCCUCAUCCACCGACGACAAGUGUCGUGACAAGUACGGCCCGUUCAUGCCCGGUUUCAUAAUCAUCCCCUACAACGAUCUGAACGCUCUCGAGAAAUGCUUCAAAGAGGAUCCAAACAUUUGCGCUUACAUGGUCGAACCGAUCCAAGGCGAGGCCGGAAUCAUCGUACCAGACGAUGGAUACUUGAAGGGAGUCAGAGCGCUGUGCACCAAGUACAACGUUCUUUGGAUCGACGAUGAGGUGCAGGCUGGAUUAGGGCGAACCGGAAAACUGUUGGCCGUUCACCACGAGAACGUUAAACCCGACAUGGUGUGUCUGGGAAAAGCCUUGUCCGGCGGAAUGAUGCCAGUAUCUGCCGUUCUGGCCGACGACGACAUCAUGCUGUGCAUGUUACCAGGCGAGCACGGCUCAACGUACGGUGGAAACCCGCUCGCCUGCAGAGUCUCACUGACCGCUCUGAAAGUCAUCGUCGAGGAGAACCUCACCGAGAACUCGCGAAGAUUGGGUGAAAUUCUCAAGAGGGAACUGGAAAAGUUACCGAGUGAAAUCGUCGAGGAGGUCCGUGGGAAAGGUCUUCUGCGAGCCAUCGUCAUAAGACAAGGACUCGGAUUCACCGCUUCGGAUGUUUGCAUUCGUCUGAGGGACAACGGACUGCUCGCCAAAUCGACGCACAACGAUGUCAUCCGUCUCGCUCCGCCUCUGGUGAUGAACGAAGAUCAACUGAUGGAAUGCACUCGCAUCAUCUUACAUACCAUCAACUCCUUCAAGAACUAAACAAAAAAAUUAUAUUAUUACAAUAUAUUCAAGUCAAACUGUAAACUUAACAAAUAGAAUCUUUCAGUUCUAAAUCAAAAAUUGAUCAACAUCUGUGUGCGUGUGUGCGUAUGUAAUUCUAAUUUCAUUUCACAGCUCCGAUUACCACACAUAAUAAUAAUAAUAACGUAUGAUUUAAAUACAGUUUUGCAUGAAACGAACGUAAUUUAAUCGCAGAUUGCGUGCGACCGCGAAACAUGGGCUAAUUUUCAACGGAUGCCGAAGAAGAAGAAAAGAAAAGAAAAAAAAACGAAGUGCGAAAACAAUAUAUUGACA